UCCCGCUCCGCAGUGCCGGGCCCUGCCCGCAUAGAGCCCCGCGGCAGCCCGGGCCCCCGCCGCAGCCCCGCCGGGACGGACUCCGAGCACUUUACAUACAUGAGAGAAUUGGAAGCCAAAGCUACCAAAGAAGUCGAAAGAAAACUAAGCAGGGAUUUUGUGCAAGAAGAGGAAGAACAGUUGAUGGAAGAAAGGAAAAAGAGAAAAGAAGACAAGAAGAAGAAGGAAGCUGCUCAAAAAAAGGCCAUUGAACAAAAAAUCAAAGUGCCAGAACAAACCAAGACCAGUGUAAGCCAGCCUCAGCCUGUCACCUCCAGCGGCACUUCCCCAGCAACCAGCACUAAUAAUAAUGCCAAGCGGGCCUCAGCCAGCAGCCAGCAGCAGCAGCCCUUGCCUCGAUACCCUCCUCGUGAAGUCCCACCUCGAUUUCGACACCAGGAACAGAAACAGCUUCUGAAACGAGGUCAGCAGUUACCAGUGAUAGCUGCAAACCUGGGAUCUACUCCUAAAGUAUUGAACGGCCAGUCAGGAGGCAGCACUGUCACAAGCAAACAGCCAGUGACCAACGGAGAGGUGCCGAACAGCAGCAAAAAACAGCCAGGCAUGCCUCCCAUUCGGGACUUGGUGAGCCACUCCCCUAACCAGUCAGAUCUGAACCACAGUGGUCUAGGAUCCCAUUAUGAAAAUUCUCACUGGGGACCAGUCUCUUCAAAUAGUGACUCCAGCACAAACUGGGAUAAAGUUAUUGUAGACGGCUCUGACAAAGAAGCAUGGCCAUCAAUCACUGGCAGUGACCCAGAGCUGACAUCAGAAUGUAUGGACACUGACUCUGCCUCUAGCUCUGGGUCAGAGAGGAACCUCGUGAUAAUGGCUUCAGGGAGCACAGGUGGAGAAAGCGAUGGCAUUCGGAAUGGCAUUGGACAUGGUUCUCAGAAUAAGUUUGUGGUUGGUAGCAACAGCAAUAAUGUGGGCAAUGGAAGUAUUAAUGGGCCGUGGGGCUUAUCCCACGGAACCAUAAUAAGCACAUGUCAAGUUUCUGUGGAUGCUCCUGACAGCAAAUCUGAAAGUAGCAACAAUAGAAUGAAUGCUUGGGGCACCAUAAACUCUUCAUCAAAUGGAGGGUUAAAUCCAAGCACUUUGAAUUCAAAUGGCAACCAUGGUGCCUGGUCUGUAUUGGAGAACAAUGGACAUGCCCUGAAAGGGUCUGUAGGGAGUGGUAAUCCUGGCACAAGUAUUCAGUGCAGUACCAUAGGUCAGAUAUCUAAUAGUCAGAGUAUUAACUCUAAGGUGGGUGGUUCAGCCCAUGGUUCCUGGGGAAGCCUUCAGGAAAGUUGUGAUUCUGAAGUAAAUGGUACAAGGAAUGUUUCAUUCAGUGGGCAACCUCAAAACCUUAACACUGAAAUGAACGGACCAAAUAACACUACUAACUUUAUGACCUCUAGUUUACCAAACUCUGCUGGUUCAGUGCAGAUUAACGAACUGCCUAAUAAUACAGGGCAUGGGGCCUGGCGCGUGAGCACAAUGAAUCAUUCUCAGAUUCAGGCCUCUCCAGUUUCAAAUGGCACUUCCAUUUCUCAUCUUAGCAAUGGUGAGGCGAAAAAUGGUGGAUCUUAUGGUACUACAUGGGGUGCCUAUGGUUCUAAUUACUCUGGAGACAAAUGUUCAGGCCCAAACAGCCAAGCUAAUGGUGACACUGUGAAUGCAACUCUAAUGCAGCCAGGCAUUAGCGGGCCUGGCAGCACUAACUUUCAAAUCAAUGGGAAUAAAGGAGGAGGGGUGUGGGAGGCAGGGACAGUCAACUCCCAGAACAUGCCAUGGGGAAGUGGGAAUGGUGCGAGUGCUGGCGGGACUAGAAGAGGAUGGGGGAACCCUGCACAAAACACUGGCACUAACAUUUCAAACGGGGAAUGGAGUAAACUGCCCAGUAAUCAGCAUUCCAAUGAGAGCGUGAAUGGCAACGGCAGGAAGUUUACAAACGGAUGGAAGUCUGCGGAGGAGGAGGACCUCAGCAGCCAGAGUCCUGCUGCUCCUCAGCUCACGGAGAACAGCACGUGGACCAAAGCAGGUACAGCAGACAGCGAGGGCAGUGCAGAGAGCUCUGGGUGCCAUGAAGAUCGAGCCGCUGCAGACGGACAGAGCCGGGAGAGGAGGAAAGUCGACCAGCACGCGUUACUCCAAAGCAUAGUGAACAGAACUGACUUAGAUCCACGUGUCCUUUCCAACUCUGGUUGGGGACAGACUCCAAUCAAACAGAACACUGCCUGGGAUACCGAAACAUCACCGAGGGGUGAAAGAAAAACUGACAAUGGGACAGAGGCCUGGGGGGGCUCUGUGACACAGACUUCCAGCUCAGGGGGGUGUGUGGAUAGACCUAACCCUAAUAAUAAUGAUACCUCAUCUGUAUCAGGGUGGGGAGAUCCAAAGUCUGCUACAAGGUGGGGAGACUCCAAAGGGUCAAACAGCCAAGGGGGGUGGGAGGAAGAUUCUGCUGCUACAGUAA